AUGUCGAGGGACGGAGCGACGGCUGGGGUCCGCCUGCACAACGCGACUCCUCCGGCGGCCGGAGAAAGCGGACCGGCCGGCUCGGCGCCGCCCGGCGCCGCUCCUCCAUCCGCUCCUCCGCCGGCCGACGCGUCCCAAGACGGCCGGGUGUCCUCGGCGGGCGAGCUGACUCACACCUGGGUCCAGUUCGCCAAGGCGUUUCUGCUCAUAUUCCCCGUGUACGCCCUGGGCUACUUUGAAUUCAGCUUCAGCUGGCUGCUGAUUGGACUUGCGAUCUUUUUCUGGUGGGGGAGAAACGCGGGGGGCAAGAGGAGCCGGCUGAGCAGAGCCCUGGCUUUCUUUGAGCAGGAGGAGAGAAGUGUCAAACAGAGUCUCACCGUCUCUGAUUUACCUUCAUGGGUCCACUUCCCAGAUGUGGAGAGGGUGGAGUGGUUAAACAAGACAGUGAGACAGAUGUGGCCGUACAUCUGCCAGUUUGUGGAGAAGCUCUUUCGCGAGACCAUUGAGCCGGCGGUGAAGGGGGCCAACGCUCACCUCAGCACCUUCUGUUUCAGCAAGAUUGACAUGGGGGACAAACCCCUGAGGGUCAACGGGGUCAAGGUUUACACAGAGAACGUGGACAAGCGUCAGAUCAUCAUGGACCUACAGAUCAGCUUUGUUGGGAACACUGAGAUCGAUGUGGACAUCAAGAGGUACUACUGCAAGGCUGGAAUUAAGAGCAUCCAGCUCCAUGGUGUUUUGAGAGUAGUGAUGGAGCCAUUGCUGGGUGACAUGCCGCUGGUUGGAGCCCUGUCCAUCUUCUUCCUCAAGAAGCCGCUGCUGGACAUCAACUGGACCGGCCUUACCAACAUACUAGACAUUCCCGGGCUCAGUGGCUUCUCAGACAGUCUGAUUCAGGACAUCAUCUACAGUUACCUGGUACUACCCAACCGAGUCACAGUCCCACUGGUGGGGGAUGUGGAGCUGGCCAAACUACGCUUCCCUAUGCCAAAGGGUGUCCUCAGGAUCCACUUUCUGGAAGCCCAGGACUUAGAAGGCAAAGAUAAGUUUCUGGGUGGCCUGAUCAAGGGCAAGUCAGACCCUUACGGUGUCCUGCAGAUGGGCAACCAGAUCUUCCAGAGCAAGACGGUCAAGGAGAGCCUCCACCCCAAAUGGAACGAAGUUUAUGAGGCGUUGGUGUACGAGCACUCGGGUCAGCACCUGGAAAUUGAGCUGUUUGACGAGGAUCCAGACAAAGAUGAUUUCCUGGGGAGCCUGAUGAUCGAUAUGACAGAACUCCACAAGGAGCUGAAGGUUGAUGAGUGGUUUGACCUGGAAGAGGUUUCCACUGGGAAACUACACUUAAAGCUGGAGUGGCUCUCCCUGCUGUCCACUCCUGAGAAGCUAGACCAGGUGCUGCGAAGCGUGCGCGCGGACAGGAGCCUGGCCAAUGACGGGCUGUCUUCGGCACUGCUGGUGGUCUAUCUGGACUCGGCAAAGAACCUGCCAACCGUCUUCACUGGGAGUUUGGGCUGUGGAAACUUAGGAGAGAGGAGAGCUUCCGGACUAGUCUUUUGUGAAAGAAAUGCCUCAGAGUAUAGAACAUUAUUUAGCAACCUGUCAGAUUUCAGCUAUGACGGGCUGAAGCAAGCCUCAGUCUUUAAGGCCCUGAAGGCCGGCAAGAAGUCCAGCAGUGAACCCAGCCCUUAUGUCCAGUUUACUGUUGGACACAAAACCUUUGAGAGUAAGGUGCGGUUUAAGACCCGUGAGCCUCUGUGGGAGGAAGCGUUCUCGUUCCUCGUUCACAACCCCCGGAGACAAGAGCUCGAGGUGGAGGUGAAGGAUGACAAACACAAAUGCACCCUGGGUAAUUUGACUGUGCCCCUGAGCAGCCUGUUGGCGGAGGAGGACAUGACGUUGACUCAGUGCUUCCCCCUCAAGAACUCUGGACCCAACUCCACCGUUAAACUGAGGAUGGCCCUGAGGAUCCUGUGCCUGGAGAAGCAGAGCGCAUCCGACCAGCCUUCCUCGGUCCGGGUGCAGAGAGCUAGCACGACCCAGCCGGCCCCGGGCCCCUGCCAGAGACAGUCCGCCUCGGACUCCCCUCUCCCUCCACCUACCCUGCCGCCGCCUAUAGAUGCGUCCACCCUCACCUUACAGCACAGGGAUGGUGAGCCGUACUCGGCCAGCCCUGUCCGCAGCACUUCCAGCCUGAGCACCUGUAUCUCCACCUCCCAGAAACACUUGCCCCACAACGAGUCCACCCCUAGCCUGGCCUCAGACAUUUCCCUGCCCUUCGCCACCUUGGAGCUCCAGCAAAGGCUCCGCCAGCUGCAGAACGGCUCUCCUCCCAACCAGUACCCGCUGGGUGAGGUCCAGCUGACCAUGCGGCACAGCUCCCAAAGGAACAAGCUCAUCGUGGUGGUGCACGCCUGUCGUAACUUGAUAGCGUUCACUAAAGACGGCUCAGACCCUUUCGUACGGCUUUAUCUGCUGCCCGACAAGAGCAGGACGGGGAGGAGGAAGACCAGUACGCUGAAGAGGACCCUUAACCCUGUUUAUGAUCAGACGUUUGAGUUCAGUGUCUCUAUGGUAGAGCUUCACAGGAGGACUCUGGAUGUAGCAGUGAAGAAUGGAGGGAACAUUCUGUCCAAACACAAAGGUCUCUUGGGAAAGGUGCUGGUAGAUUUGAGUGGGGAAGACAUAUCAAAAGGAUGGACACAAUGGUAUGAUCUCACUGAAGAUGGUUCGAGAAAAAGUCUGCAGGCAUGA